AUGUCGGUCGACCCCGCGGUCGAGCUGCCCUUCUUCUACGGCAGCAUCAGUCGCUCGGACGCCGAGCAGCACCUGAAGCUGGCCGGCAUGUCGGACGGCCUCUUCCUGCUGAGACAGUGCCUCCGCAGCCUCGGAGGCUACGUCCUGUCUGUGGUCUGGAACCUGGAGUUUCACCACUACACCAUAGAGAAACAAAUGAAUGGGACUUACUGCAUCUCCGGAGGGAAGCCUCACUGCGGCCCCGGGGAGCUCUGCGAGUUUUACAGCAAGGACCCCGAUGGGCUGGUGUGUCUCCUGAAGAAGCCAUGUCUGCGUCCUCCAGAGAUGCCCGUAAAGAUCGGCGUUUUCGACAAAAUGAGGGAGAACAUGCUGAGGGAGUACGUCAAGCAGACCUGGAACCUGGAGGGAGAAGCCAUGGAGCAGGCCGUCAUCAGUCAGGCUCCUCAGCUUGAGAAGCUGAUCGCCACCACCGCCCAUGAACAGAUGCCCUGGUAUCACGGAAAAAUCACUCGACUCGAAGGGGAGAGGAGGCUUUACUCUGGAGCACAGCCAGACGGCAAGUUUCUUGUCAGAGACAGAGACGAGGCUAAUUCGUUUGCGCUCUCUAUGAUGUACGGGAAAACGGCUUACCACUAUCAGAUCCAGCAGGACAAAUCAGGGAAGCUGGCUAUGCCGGAGGGAACAAAGUUUGACACACUGUGGCAGCUGGUCGAGUAUCUCAAGAUGAAGCCUGAUGGUCUGGUAACUGUCCUCGGGGAGGCCUGCGUCAACGGCAAAACUGUAGAACAGAAACCCAGUGUUCCUUCAGAAAGGCGACCUCGACCGAAUGCAUACACACCACCGCCAGGAGCUGCUGCGCUGGCCUCAAAGAAAGUUACUUCUGUGCCUAAAGAGCGCGACCUUCUGCCCAUGGAUUGUGAUGGAUUUAACCCAUAUCACAACCCGAAUGAGAUCAAGAAAUUCAACAUCCAGCGGGACCAGCUGAUCAUGGACGAGGUGGAGCUCGGCUCUGGAAACUUCGGCUGCGUCAAGAAGGGCGUCCUCAGGACAGAAUCAGGCCAGGUAGACGUGGCCAUCAAGGUGCUGAAGAGUGAAAAUGAAAAGCUGGUGAAGGACGAGAUGAUGAGGGAGGCAGAGAUCAUGCACCAGCUGGACAACCCGUUCAUCGUCCGCAUGCUGGGCCUUUGCAAUGCCGAGCACCUGAUGCUCGUCAUGGAGAUGGCGGCAGCCGGUCCGCUCAACAAGUUCCUCUCCACCAAAAAGGAAACUGUGUCUGUGGAGGACAUCGUCAACCUGAUGCACCAGGUAUCGAUGGGGAUGAAGUAUUUGGAGGACAAGAACUUUGUGCACAGAGAUCUGGCAGCUCGCAACGUCCUGCUGGUCAACCAGCAGUUCGCCAAAAUCAGUGACUUUGGGCUUUCCAAGGCACUGGGAGCAGAUGACAACUACUACAAAGCUCGUACAGCAGGUAAAUGGCCACUGAAGUGGUACGCUCCAGAAUGUAUAAACUUCCACAAAUUCUCCAGUAAAAGUGACGUGUGGAGCUUUGGCGUCACCAUGUGGGAGGCCUUCUCCUACGGAGGAAAACCCUACAAGAAAAUGAAAGGUCAGGAGGUCACGGCUUUCAUUAACAACGGGGGCCGUAUGGAGCGUCCGCCAGCGUGUCCAGAGAGGAUGUACACACUGAUGAGAGAGUGCUGGACACAUUCCCACGAGGAUCGCCCCGACUUCAAGAAGGUCGAGGAGUCCAUGAGGACUUAUCAUUACUCCAUAUCCAGCAAGGCCAAGCCUGAUGGAGCCGAAGCUGCUGCCAUGCCUAGCAAGUAGACAGGAAGACAGGCGCAUUCUGUCCCACUGCUGCACAAAGCGUCCUUUCAACCAAGCGUUAAACUACCAAAACAAAGGGCAUUUCAUGAGCGGCGCAUAAUGAUGAGCUUUGAAUGCCGAGCAGAUACAGCUAAACGGGCCUCAUUGACAAAAUGUGCAUUUGUAAAUUGUUCCUGGGUGUUUCAGCUGUGUCAGGAGGGUUACUGUAGGUUUGUGUGUCUGUCAUGAUCUGAAUGUUAAGUGUCUUUGCAUUGAUGACAGAACUAAUUCUGUGUUCUGGUAUUUCUAGACUGUAAUGGGACUCUAUGGCACAUGAAGUGUUGUUUUUUUUCUGUACUUCCACCUUAAAGCAGUUUGUCUGUCUUUAUACCAAAUAAAGCAAAACUAACAAAAAAUAGAUAAUUUGAGUCCAAAUUUUAUGUUAAGUGAUUCAUAUAUAUGGAAUGGGCACCAUAGAAAAUACAAAAAUAUGUUUGUAGAGUUUAUGGAAAUUUAAAUGUGUAACAAUUUUUGUCAUCCAUUUUUUAUUCUAAAGCCAUCUUGGCUGUGUGGAAUGAAUGUGCAAUGUAUUAACAUUUUUUUAAAACAACAACUUUGUCAUCCUAUUACAAACUUAAAGAAACAAAGAGACAUCUGUUUAUUUCUUAGGGAUAAGAUUUACUCAGCAUCAAUUAUUGUCUUUAUCCUUCAACCAAUAGAAAAGGGUUUUUAAUACUGUGAGGGUGAAAGUUGGAACAAAAGACCGGGGACGAUUAGCUAAUGGAUUGCAGGUGUGAGGGGUUGCAGCCUGAAGAGACCUAAAUCACAUUUCCUCCCCCCACCCUUUUUGCCUUAAUGCCACCUGUAUCUGAUUUCUUCAUGACAAUUUGAAAAUUACAGAUCGGAUUUCUUUUAAGACCCAGGCCACUUAGAUAUGUGGUCCUAAAUCCGAUAUGUAGCUGAUCUUUUCAAAUGUGACCUGAAGCUGUACCUGAACGUCAUUGAUACUCGACAAACGUCACUGUUCUGCGUCCUGUUACGCGCAACCGGGAAGAAAAACAACAGCCAUGGCGGACGAUCAAGAGGAUUAAGUUUUUAAUGAACUGGCUCCGGUUGGACAACAACUUUAAAAUCGUAAAUUAUUCUCAAUACCAUCCACGUUUACUCCCACAAACACUGAGCACUUCUUUUUUUAUGGUUCAAGUGUGACGUUAUUGCGCCCUCUACAGCGCAUGCGGGACAUUUUUAGGUCGUUUGCGUUUCACACGGGAGAUUACAUACAAGUCGCAUAUAUUUGGAAUUGUGAAGGACCACG